GACGGCAGGGCUCACUGUUCGGCAGGAGCGCGCAGUAACUCUGACCGCGAGUGUAAAUGUCGAUUUUUGUGACGCCGUAGGAGACCCGUGGACUAGCAUUCCUGCAGCUGCAUCCAUGGACACUGUAAAGUCUGAGGGAUCUCAGCCUGUCUACAGUCGCUGGUCAUACAGACCCACCAGCUCUGCCAGCUUCUCCUCUAACUCAACAGGAAGCGGCAUCGAAGAUGACAGUUCAAGUUUUAUGCAGCAGAAGCUGGAAAAACAGCGGGCACUGCUGGAACAGAAGCAGCGGCGGAAGCGGCAGGAACCUCUCAUGGUUCAGCCCAACACGGAGGGUCGGCCCCGGCGCUCCAGGACGCGGCGCGGGGAGGAGCAGGCGCCGCUGGUGGAGUCGCAGCUCAACGUCACUCAUGACGUCAUCAUGGAUGGUAUUGAUGGUCCAGCAGCGUUCCUGGGCCCCGAAGCCCCCGAUCUGGGCAUGAGGAUCCAAAUCCUGUCGGUGAGCCAGUCCCAGUCCCAGUCCCAGUCCCCCCAGUCUCAGCUGCAGCCUCAGUCCCAGCCCCAGUCCCCUGCUUCAGAGGAGCCCGAGAGAGACGGAGACACCGAGACGCUGCUAGAGCCCAAGACAGACCUUCAUGAGCUGCUGCAGAAAAAAGGUUUGUGCGGAAGCAUGAACUUCGACGAAUCCAGCGAGCACGAGGAGGACGCGGAGGACGAACGGACGCGCUCCCUCUCCUCCCACACCGACUCCAACAGGCCUUCGUCAGCCGCCAGUGGCAAGGACGUUCCAGUGAGCAGCUCAGAGGCGGUAACCCCCGGAUCGCCGUCGGCGGACAGCUUAGUAGCGGAUGUGGCCAAUCUGGAAGAGUUUGUCUUGCGGCCAGCUCCUCGUGGCGUUACCGUUAAAUGCCGAAUCUCCCGGGACAAGAAGGGCAUGGAUCGGGGCCUCUACCCCACCUACUUCAUGCACAUGGAGAAAGAGGACGGCAAGAGGAUGUUUUUACUGGCGGGAAGGAAGAGAAAGAAGAGCAAAACGUCCAACUACCUUAUCUCAGUGGACGCCACUGACUUGUCACGAGAGGGAGAGAGCUUCAUAGGUAAACUGAGGUCCAACCUCAUGGGCACCAAGUUCACGGUUUACGACAACGGCACCAAUCCCUGCAAAAACCCCGGGGCCCUGCUGGAAGAGAGCAACACACGACAGGAGCUGGCUGCCAUCUUCUACGAGACCAACGUUCUGGGAUUCAAAGGGCCUCGCAAGAUGACUGUAAUCAUCCCGGGCAUGAACAUGAGCUUUGAGAGAGUCCCUGUAAGGCCUCAAAAUGAGCAGGAGAGCCUCCUGAACAGGUGGCAGAAUCACACGCUGGAAAACCUGAUUGAGCUGCACAACAAGGCCCCCGUGUGGAACGACGACACCCAGUCUUACGUGCUCAACUUCCACGGCCGCGUGACUCAGGCCUCGGUGAAAAACUUUCAGAUAGUUCACGACAACGACCCCGACUACAUCGUCAUGCAGUUCGGCAGAGUUGCCGAAGACAUCUUCACUCUGGACUACAACUACCCCAUGUGUGCCCUGCAGGCCUUCGCCAUCGGCCUGUCGAGCUUCGACAGCAAACUGGCCUGUGAGUAGACGACAAGGCUCCACGUCGCCUCUCCUGACCCCUCCUGUCAGAUCUCCUCUCCACGGGGCUACUCAGCAGCCGACGGCGGAGGCUCUUAACAUUAUCAGGAAUCAGCCGAGGCUGAUGAAAACGAACAUUGCGAAACUAUCAUUUCGGUUCAGACGUGUUGGUGCUUUGUUGGCACACCCAACGGAAUCUCUUGUUUUCUUCGUGGCUGUUUUUUCGUUUUUGUUUUCGUCUUAUACCUUCUGUCACGCACACGUCGAUGUGCAUGUCUACAGACCAAAAGGGAAAAGCAAAAAAAAUUGAUGAUCUGACCUGGAGACAGGUGCUCCCGUUAGAGACCGAGUACAAAGAGGACAGACGUCGCAUUUUUGUUGCCUUUACAUUUAAUUUCAGUCAGUGUUUCUGGCCACGGCUCAGAGCAGAAACCAUCACUCAACAACAUGGCCUUUGCUCUGGCGCCACCUGCAGGCCAAACUAUAGAUUUGUUUAUUAAGCAACAAGGAAUAGAAAAAAAAACUUUUUCCAUGUUCUGCCUGUUAAACCGUCUUCUCUUGUGAUUUUAUAUUUUAUUUUUUAGCUUGUUUACAUCUUAAAACACAGGAAGUUUUAACCUGCCACCUGCUUAUAACUCAUUUGGACACUUCAUUAUCAUUUUUAUUCUAUGUGGAAAGUGUAUUAUUCAGAGCACGUCUUAUGAUUUUUGUGUUGUUGUUUUCUUUUGUGAAUAAGUAUAAUUUGCAUCUUGUGACUGUGAUAUAUUUUUUGUCUUAUCAAGUUGGAUCAUCACGGAAAGGAUUGCAGAAUUGCACAUUUAAAGAGAAAGGAAGAUCGUACUGUAAAUAAAAUAGGACAUCACGCC